CUUGGAGGGUUUUACAACAUUGUGAGCACAAGAUUUCCUCUUAUUCAUGGCAGAAAGAUGCCCGAACUAGAAGAAAGCAAAAAGAUUUUCCCCAUUAAUGCUCUUUAACAAUUUGGAAAGGCAAGAUUCCCAACCAAGAUGUGUUCAAUUCCUGGUUUGCCAGAAGUCGGAUCCAAUACGACCGUUCAUAUUGCAAGAGUCACUUUAAACCCACACACUAUCUUAGUGGAAUUUGGAGGGAAUUUAAAUCAUGGACAAGAGGCCAUUGAUGUAUAUCAAAAACUAAAAAAAGACAUUGAUGUCCUUAGGAAAUGGCAGCAAACUUUUGAAGGCAAACCUGGAGAACUAUGUUUAGUAUAUGAAGACGGAGCUUGGCACAGAGCAAGGAUACUUUCAAAAUCUAAACAUAACUACAAGGUGUUCCUAAUUGAUGAUGGAAAAUUACUCUGGGCCUCAAGCGAAGUCUUAAAAAAAUGUCCACGCAACCUUUGCAGUCUACCUCCCAGGGUAGAGCUUUGUAUACUGGCCAGUGUAUCACCUCUAUGUCUUGAGAGUGCAUGGUCUCGGGCCGCUUCAGAGUACAUCAGAUCUUUGUGUGGGAAAAAGGUAUCUGGGUGUGUUCAGGAUGUGAUGAUGCCUUCCAGAAUUGUUCUCCUUGACAUUCCAAGUGUAUCGAAACAAAUGUAUGAACUUGGAUUUGCUAGAAAAAUGCCUAAUGAAGACUUUAAAAGCCUUGUAAUGCAUUCACUGGAUUUGCCAAUAAAUACUUCCAUACAGACCAAUGUUACAUCUACAAAUGGUCAGCAGGAGCAUGCCAGUGACCCUGACAAGUUGCAUCAAUAUUUGUAUCCAGAGUUGUUGCCUGGAACAAUUGAGAUUGUAACUGUAACACAAGUUGUUCAUCCAUUGAGGAUCUUUUGCAAACUGCAUGUCUUUUCACAUGAGCUCAAGAAAUUAAGUGAUCAACUCCACGAAUACUAUGAAGAUGCAUUCUCUGCUCCGAUGCGAAUGCCACUGUCUGAUGGGUCUCCAUGUGCAACCAAAGGAAGUGAUGGCAAUUGGUAUCGAUCUGUACUUCAGCAGAACAACAUCUCUGAUGUUGUCAAGGUCUUUCAUGUCGAUUACGGGAUUGGAGAUUUUGUUAAACUCUGCAAUAUCAGACCCUUGUCUGCAAGGUUCUUCCAAUUACCAGUUAUCACCUAUGAAUGCUCUUUAUAUGGUGUCAUUGACAAAGGAGUUGGAUGGAGGUCUGAUCAGAUAGAUUAUCUGAAGUCCGUUGUACUCAAUCAAAUCCUUGUUGGAAAAUUUGAGCAUCACAGUGUGAAACAGGAUGUCUAUCAUAUAACACUUUAUGGAAAUGACAAUGUAAAUGUGAACACCACAUUUGGUCACAGAGAGCAGUGUUUGUCAGUGACGGAGAGGAUUUGUAGUGACCCAACUCUUGAGAAUCUAAACAAAGUGACUUGCAAAUAUAUGCAUGACAGAAAUGUGUCUUUACAUUCUCUCCAUUCACCCAUUUUAACCAGAUGCUCCAGUGCUCUUGAAAAUGUCUCGGUAGUGAGACCCUCCAAAUCUGAAGAAAACCUACAACCUGCAGAGGGAGGGCACUCACCGAGUAUUGGUGCAGCUCCAUUCCUUCAGACGGAUACAUAUGUUGAUUCACCACCUAAAAUUGAAGUGGGCGCAAAGGAUAAGGUGCAAAUAACUUGUGUCCAAAGUGUAAACCAGUUCUUUGGCCAUUUUGCACAAAAUACUGAUACAGUCAGGAAAAUGACCAAAGAUAUUCAACAACUGUGCCGCAAACGGCCACAACCUAAGUGUUCAAUUUUCCCUAAGAUGAUGUGUCUUGCUAAAUACACAGAUGGGCUGUGGCACAGAGGACAAAUUGAAUCGACGCAUCCAAAAAUACUUGUCAAAUUUGUUGACUAUGGUGACUUGGUCGUUUUGGAUAAAUCUGAUAUUCUACCAUUUCCCCCAAAUGCUAGUGCGAUUGCAUCUACUCCCAUUCAGGCUGUUCUGUUUGAACUUUGUAAUUUAACAUUACCUGAGCCAUGUGAGAUUAAUGAGUGGUUUAAAAACUAUGCCACAGGCUGCAUGUUCACCGUCAUCGUGAAACAAAAUUCCUCGGGCAAACUGUCCGUGGAGAUGUAUGAUGAGAAAACAAACCUCAACUUAAAAAUUAAAGAGCAGUUGAACAAGACCAAAAGAAACAUCGGCAAUGGAACUGAUAAGGCUCAUACUUUCAAGAAGACCACAAAACCAGUUGUUCAAGGAACAUUGGAACAAAACUUCCAGACUGAUACUAAUCAAGCGAGUGGACACAGUAGAGCUAGGCCUAAUGUUUUACACCAACAGGUGAUCCUUUAUCCAAAGCUCACCGAUCUUCCCUCUAAAGCCUUGGAUGCAGGAUAUGUUUCAGAAAUCUAUGUUUCACACUGUAAUAGUCCGUCAAGUUUUUUUGUGCAAUUGGCUAGUGAUGAAGAUGAAAUAUUUUCUAUUCUCGACAAACUUAAUUCUGAUCAAUUAAGUGACGCAGUUGAUCUCAACUUGUUGCAGUCAGGUGACCUAGUGAGAGCUGAAUAUCCUGCUGAUGGGGCCUGGUAUCGUGCUGUUGUUCAAAACAAGAGCGAUGGCAUGGUUCAAGUGCAGUUUAUUGAUUUUGGGAAUGAGGCAACACUUCUACCCCUUAAAAUAAGGCAACUUGGCAAGCAGUUCCUUAGCACACCCAGGCUCAGUAUUUGUUGCACGGUUGAGGAUGGUAAGAAAAGAAAAAAAGGUGAUUGGACCCAGGAAGAUAUCUUGACUUUCAAAAAAUCAACAGGUGAAAAUGGUGAGAAGAAAAUUCAAUGCAAGUUUAUCCAAGAGGACGCAUCUGCUUGGCUUGUCAGUUUAGAGCACCAGGGUGUUGUAUUGGAAGGUCCUUUGUUUAAUACUGCUCUCAAAUCAGGUGCUCAAACUGAAUCGCAAAUGCACUGCAAUGAAAAUAAUCAGCCGUUAACCUUCAAGGAACCAGCUAUAACUCAAGGACAAAUUGUAGAAGCAUAUGCUUCAUCUAUUGAUGGACCAAAUUACUUCUGGUGCCAGUUCAAAAACUCAGAGGAACUUGACAAAGUCUCUCUGCUUGCACAAGAAAUUGGAAACUGUAGUCGAACUAAACCAAUUCAGCCAAAUCAGUUACGCCAAGGAGGACUGUGCCUAGCAUUAUUUUCUGACCAGCAGUGGUACCGUGCACAGAUUAUAAAAACGCAUGAUAAAACGGUCUCUGUUCUUUUUAUAGAUUAUGGAAAUGAGUCUGAAAUUGAUCUGAACUUCGUUAAGUUCCUGCCCACCAAGCUUCUGGAAAGCCCACCACAAGCAUUUCUUUGUCAGUUAGAAGCUUUGGGGUCCGUAGAUGGCACUUGGAGUGACGCUGCAACUGAUGCAUUUUUUGAGCUUCUGGUGGAUGAACCUUUAAAAGUGACUAUUCGGAACACUGUAAGGUCAUCUUACCUUUCAAAGUGUCCUCUGUAUAGCGUUCUUGUUGAAUGCAAGGGGCUUAUUGUUAAUGAUCUAAUGAAAGAUUACUGGUGUGACCCCAAACCUCAAAUCUGUAGCGAAUCAAGAGUUGCCGCUAAAACAAAACCCUCUGCAGGCAAGGACAGUUUUGGAGCAACAAGCUCUGAAACGGUUCUGAAAAAUAAAACUCCCAAGCUUAAUUCUAGUACAAGACCAGUACAUGUUAACCCUGAACUUAUAAACUCUGAGUCACAGAUUUCUCAAAAUGAACCCAAUCAAGAAGUUCGAUUACAACGCCAUGAUGGUUGGCGGUUAGAAUGUGCUGCAGCCAUGACCCAAGACCAAAGCAUUACAAACCCAAUGUCUCCUGAAGAAUAUGGACACACUGUGGUUCCUGAACUAUCAGUGCAGUUUUUACCUCAAGUUGGAGAUCUUCCUCCUCGUGUGAUUGAACCAGGUACAGUGUCUGAGGUGUAUAUUUCGCACAUCAACAGCCUGACAAGUUUUUUUGUACAACUGGCAAUCGAUGAGAAUACAUUAUUCUCCCUCAGCGAACUAUUGAAUUCCCCUCAGCUAUCUGAGAAAGAUGAAAGGAAGGCAUUCAGUGUUCAGCAGGGAAGUUUGGUUAAAGCCAUGUUUUCUGAAGAUGGUUCCUGGUAUCGUGCCAUUGUGAAGGACACAACUGAAAAUGGCAAGAUUCGGGUAGAGUUCAUAGAUUUUGGAAAUGAGGCAACUGUAUCUCCCCUUGAUAUUCAUCAACUUGAUGAGCCGCUACUGUUGUACCCAAGGUUCAGCAUUCACUGCAGCUUUAGUGUAGAUGAUCGAUUCAAGACCCUGGGAACAGAGGAAAUGAAGGAACAGAUUUUGCUCUUCAAAAACAUUUUCGGUGAUGCUGGAGAGAAAACUCUCUCUUGCAAGUUUAUCAAAGAUGAUGCCAUUAAUUGGAAAGUGAAAAUGACUCCCAGCUCAUUGGAUUCGUUUAGUGAGAAAUGGGAUAAUUUUGAUUUGAAUGCAUUACUGGCAAUUUCCAAAACUGAGCAGGAGACAUUCCAGCUGCUCUUCAAGAAACCAGACGUGUCUUUGGGACAGACAGUAGAAGCGUUUGCAUCCUGCAUUGUUGGACCAAAUUAUUUCUGGUGCCAGUUUUCAAACUCUGAAAUACUUGAGCAAAUCACCCACGUUGCCCAAGAAUAUGGAAACUCUAGUGAGACGGAGACAAUUCUGCUAGAUAGUUUGGAAACUGAGCACCCGUGCUUGGCUCGUUAUUGCGAUGAUCAAGUGUGGUAUCGUGCAAAGGUUAUUAAUAAGUGCAAAAACACUGUUUCUGUCCUAUUUGUUGAUUUCGGAAAUGAGUCUGAAAUCAGCGAAGGCUCUGUUAAAGCACUACCUUAUGACUUGCUGCAAAGUCCAGCUCAAGCUUUUCUGUGUCAGUUAGAAGGAUUUGAUCUAUCGUCUGGAUCAUGCGACAGUGUAGCUACCGAUACAUUCUAUGAGCUUGUUGUGGAUAAACCUCUGAAAGUAACUGUGCAGUGCGUUGCUAAUAUGCUGGACCCUAACAGCCCUCCAUAUUACGUUAAAGUUGAAACUCCACAAUGUCUUGUAAAUGAGCACAUGGCAAAGUUUUUGAGGAACUCUGCAGAGGAGAUUGAAUCCAAUGGAAAAUCCACUGCAUUAACAUCUGUAGAUCAACCCGUUUUGGAGGAUAAAGCAAGUGUGAACAUUUCUAAAGCAAUAAAGGAAAAUCACUCGGCAUCAACAUCUGUAGAUCAACCUGUUUCAAAGGAUAAAACAAGUGUGAACCUUGCAGUCUUAACAGGGGAAAAUCACACAAGUGAACCUCAUUGUGCUGAACGACAUGAAGGUAAUAGAAUCGAACUAUUAGUAGUAAAUGGUGAAUUGCAUGCUGUACCUGAAAACAAGGUGGAUGAUCAGCUUGGAAAUAUCAUUGAAAAUGAUUCAGUUUUAGAAGUUCAAGAAGUUUGUCAUGAACCUGAUGAUGAUGGAGUUCCUGUUGGAUCAGCUGAGCCAAUGCUGCUGAAUACUGUGGAAAAUGGCAAAGAUAUGGAAGAUUCUGAAAAAGACGUCCCGAUGACACCAAGCAGAAGUUCCGAUUGGGUUGCUGGUUUAGAAAAAAAGUUACCCAUGGUUUGCACUGAAGACUCGUGUGACUCUAAAUGCAUCUUCAAAUGAGCGAUUUUUAACUUUAUUGUGGAAAGGUCUAAGCCAUUUUUUUUCAUGGGGGAAAAUGAAUAUGCAACGAACAAAAAAAAUUGUUUCAAAUGGACAUCUGUGUCCAGAUUCUGUGUUCACAAGUCUGUGAAAGAUUAGAGAUGUUACAGGCCAUCUUUCUAGUAAUUUUAAAACCCAGCAUGAAGCUUGUCUGAUUGCAUUGUGUUAGGUUUUGUUGAUACCCUAGUUUAUUCGUGAUAAACACUUGUGUAACAGCUAUAUAAAAAAAAGUUUGUCAAUUUAAUGGUGGUUGAAUUUAAUGAUGGUUGGAAUAAAAACUCUUCAU